CGGGAUAGAUGUGACGGCGCUUGGGGUUGACCUGUGAGAGGGCGGGGAUUAAGCGCCUACCUCCCACGCCGGGUGUGACGAGCGGCGUUGGCUGCAUGUGCAGAAGCCAAUUAGUCUCUUUGGGCCGGUCGGGGUCUGUUGCUUUUAUUUUCUUCCCGUGUGUUAUUCUUCCUUUUCGUUUCUUUUCUGGUGGUUUAUUUUUAUCGCAUCCCUGGUCGGUGAAUCUUACGAGUUAUGUCCGUCUACCGGCCGAUGGGUCACUCCUGCAGUUGCAAAGAAUAGAAACAACUGAAUUUCUGGUUCUUUCGCGCUUCCCUGUCCAUUCAUCCUUUGUCGCGUCUGUUGGAAAAAUCCCCAGGGAGUGUUGGCUACUCAGUCUGCCUCUCGCAAUUUCCUGCGCGCGGCUUUGAGGAAGCCAUGUCUGGUCCCCUCAUGAUAUUGCCGCCAGUAUGAAUAGCUCGUUCUCGUCAAGCAGCAACGCUGGAGAGGCUCACCAUUCUCGCAGCGGCUGGUCGACCACUCCUACCGGCACCGUCAGCAAUCAGCCGUCUCCCAGUCGUCGCGAACAUGCGGUGCAGCCUCCUCCUCUUACGACAGCAUUGAGUGGUCAUCAGUUCCAGGGAUUGGGUGUUACUUUGGGUUCGGGCUACGCCUCGACUCCUUUGUCGACCACUUCGCUUUCCAGUCCUUUCACCCAGAGUCAGUCCCCGUGUGUGUCUUCUCCCAGCAGUGCUGCUGUUGCACCAUCGCCCAUGGCGUCCAGGCAUUACAAUGUUCCCUACAAUCCUCGCGAUUGGGGUCCGGUUAGUAGCAGCUCGUCAGCGAACUCCGGACAGUCCGCCUAUCCGCAACCUAGCAGUUCCAAUAGCUUGCGUCGAAGUGUGCGUCGUCCGCCGCAAAAUGACCCAGAUGUUUCUUUAUCGCCUCCGCCCCCGCCGUACUCACCCCCAAGCCAUCAACAUCAACACCAACCAUCGUGGGAUGCCGUUCAUCACAAUCCGGUCAGGGAGGCACCCGCAAAUGCGGCUCCCCCAUACCCUGGGCCAAGCAAUAUGAAUGCUGAGCCUAUGGUGAACCAUCGACAGCGCACUGUCUCUCAUCCUCGCCCGCUAUCGGUGGUUCACAUGGGUGAUGCAGGCCCCAGUUCGCAGAUAUCACUUCCUCCACCUCCGCCGUUACCGCAAGGAGGCCCGCCUCCAAGGACGUCUUCUCAGAAUCGUCACGAUGUUUACCAUGGCAUGAGCUCCGGGCCAUCAAUCAUGGUCUCGCAGGACGGUCCGCAAUUCCCAACAACUGCGGACCAUGGGCACGCAGUAGCUGGACAGUUGGACCCUGUUGCUUCACGCCCGCCAACUUCCAGAAGGGCCGUUUCCGCAGGCCCAGUUGUGGGAAGUGCCAGUUCAUCAAGGGCUGGCAGUCAAUCACCGAGCAGGUCACCACCACCACGGGCCUGGGAGCCAGGAAUGCCCCUGCCACCACCUCCGCCGGGACCUCCACCAACUUCGAGGUCACGUAGUGUGUGUGGCUCACCAGAGGCGUCAUCUUCAAGGAAUAACAUGAAUGUGCCCGUCAAGACAAGGGUGCGGGCGCCUCCAUCACUAGGAACUGGCUUGGGUAGCAUCCCACCUACGCCUGCUGGCUGGGUGGACGACGAAUCUCAGCAUGGUAAGGGUAAAGACUUAUCAACGACUGAAGCAAAUGGCACAUCCCCGCCGUCUUAUACGGCACCCGAUUCAGACAAUUUUGUCCAUCCUUCGACAAGCCGUGGUAAUCUUCUCCGCAGUCCUGCUCUUCGAGACCCGAGCGCCAAGGGUAUUCGAGAGAGGAGAAUCGAACGCAGAAACCGCCAAAGCCAGGUCUUCGAAGACUCUGAUGUCCUACCUCCUGAUAACACAUGGGGUGACGGUGUGGAUCAAGUAAAGCCCUCAAACCUCGUUCUUGCUAAUCCGAAUGGCGACCCCCGCGACUCCCGCGACUCUCGUGCUCCAUCAUCCGCAAAGUAUACACCGCGUAGUGCUCACAGCUUUGGAUCGGACACGCCGCAGUCAACUUCACGUUCGAGAGCUUCUUCCAUUGGUCUUUUCUCCAGUCGAUCUUCUUUCUCCACGCCCAGAGCUGAGCCUAGUCCAGCUGCACCGACGCGUAGAUAUACGCAAACACCUCCCUUCUCGCCAGACGGGGAUCAUCCAUCCCCAUAUCCUAAAGCAAUGCCGCAGCCUUUGCCUCCAAAGGCACUCCCAACGCCGCCAUUGCAGUCUGCGCGAGAGGGUAAAAUGCCGUCUCGUCCUUCGUCUAGGGAAGAGCGCCCGAUAUCACAUGUGCGCCAUUUGUCCAAUAGUUCCAUGUCUUCUGAGUCUCCAAUACUGCACCAUCGCUCGUCCAUAUCGAAGGAAUCAGCACCGGAUCCCAUCAAGCGAGACACGGAUGGGUUCUUCCAGGAUGCUGUGCAGCGACAUAAGGAUUUUAUUGAGAAGGAAGCUAGCGCUGCAGACGAGGCUGAAGCUCUGAAACUCUUCGCAGAUUUCAUUGUCUCUGAGUCGCGUAUGAGGCGUCAACGGUACUCCCAGGCCUGGAACUCGGGAUCAUUCGACCACGAGGAAGUGCGUCGAAAACUGUUUGAAACACCACCGAUUCAACCACCACCAGGCCCUGAACCCAUCAAUGCAGCGCCAGCAGUUGUGCCGGUGAGGCGACCAUCCAUAGGGCCAAAGCUCGACAUGUCACAUGUCAGCCGCCUUGAGCCUUCUUGGGGAAAUAGCUACAAACCAUCCCUGUCCCCUAUUGCAAGUCUCAGUAUAAGCAACGAUGAAAUGAGCUCACGAGGCCGUGCACCCAGCCGCUGGUGGGAGUCCAAGACCGGCUCGAGCAGCGAAGGAGAUGGACGCAAGGUUCAUCGCUCGAAACAAGAGUCGAAAUACAUGGGAUUAUCGCUGGGGUCCUUGCAAGAGAACCAUCACCAACCUCCCUCCGAAGCUGAAGCGCCAGGCUCCUCUCUGGACUCAAUGGGCCAGUAUGCCGCGUACGGUCCAAACGAGUACCCUCCAGAGAAAGUUGGCUGGCAUGAAGAGUUGGCACCGCCCCCAGAUCCAUACAUGGCAAGCAGUAGUUAUGUCGAGCCACCUAAGAUGGACGUGUCGCGGCUGAUUACCCUCCCUCCGCCGUACCCGCGUCACUAUCCUGCUGUCAAUAACAACCACCCGGACUUGGUUGAGUAUCGAACAUUGGUCCGAUCAAUCAGUGACCUCUCCGAGAUCAAAGCCAUGAGACAACGACAUGACGGUGAAGUGGACCGUUUAUUCCAGGACCACAAGGAAAGAACCCGUGAAUGCCGUCGCAUGUUCAAAGCCAACACACAGACUCAGAUUCAACAUGGUAGUAUAACCUUUUCCGAAGCCGCUGAGGCAGAAGCUGCACUAGUCCUGGAAGAAAAUAAACUCGAUAGAGCACUGGUGAAGCGGGUUUUGGAUCUGUACCAAACUUCUGUGUUGGAACCAACGCAUGGCAUACUCACGGAUCGGAUUUCACGGGCAACUGGUUGUAUUGAUGAACUUAGUAGCAAACUGUUCGAUGAUGCACGGCAUGGAACUCCGGACCAAGCGCAGGAAGAGGGUGACGAGAAACCCGAACUGCUAGAAAAGCUCACGCAGCUCAAAUGGCUAUUCGAAACUCGAGAAGUCCUGCAUCGAGAAAUGUACGACCUAGUCCGCGCGCGCAACGAGAAAUAUAGAACGGUCGUGGUCCUCCCCUACCGUCAAAAAGCAGUCGACGAAAAAGUCCACGAAACAAAUGCCUUCUUCGACCAAGACGCACUAGAUCGCCGCGCCCAAUACGAAUUCAACACCCUCUCCCGCCUCGAAUCCUUCCUCGACGUAAUCGAGUCAAAUGUCGUUCGCGGUGUGGAAGUCCAACUCUCCGCUUUCUGGGACAUCGCCCCCUCCCUCCUCACCCUAAUCGACCAAAUCCCACCAGACCUCAACGGCUUCGAAGUCCAAAUCCCCGCAAACGAAUACGAGGAAAACCCAAGCUACCACCGCCAUCCACUACAAUACCUCUACUCCCUUCUCUCGCAUGCAGAGAAAUCGAGCUACCAAUACAUCGAAUCCCAAACCAACCUCCUCUGUCUGCUCCACGAGGUCAAAUCCGCCGUAAUGCGCGCAAACUGCCAACUCAUGGAAGCUGAGCGUACGCGACGGGGCGAACCGGGUGAUGGAGUACAGCGCGAGAUUAUGGAUACAAGGGCCAGUGAGGAACGGGCGCUCACGGCUGAUCUGAAGGAUAAAGUUUCUACGGUGGAGGUACAAUGGACGGAGGCGAUGGGUAGCCAGAUUCAGGAGCUGAGGGAGAGGGUUAGGAUGCAGCUUGAGGCGGAGGAUGGGUGGGAGGAGAUGGAGGUGCUGGAGCAGACGUGAUUGUGGUUUUCUGAUGAGAUUAUGCCGUUUUUACAUUCUUGGGGUUUGAUUUGACGAUGGUUAUAUUUUUGAUGCUUUGCUGGAAACGUCCCUUUUGGUGAUACCCAUUCGUUCGUUAUCGUUAUAUACCUUCGCUUGUACAGAGAUCUUGGACCUGCCGGAUUAUGCUAUAUUGCUUAUGUUCAUUUUACUCUUUGGUCCCGGCCCUAUAUUGGUAAGGCAAAUUCCAAAAGUAGUAACUAGUACUCCGUACGGCGCCUACAUUCUACGUGCUCAGAACAUAUUCGAGAUCAAACUAUCUUUCCAUAAAUGAGACGUCCCUUUCCUAUUACCGAUAAAAAAUAAUAUC